AUGAAUGGAGCAGAAGCACUUCUUCGUUUAUUUACACACACUGAAGCAUGCGUGACGCUCGCGGUAAUUUCAGCAUCUGCUGCAUCACUAAAUGAGGACGUGAACUAGGCUUGGGCGGUAAUACGGUAAUAUGGUAUACGGCGGGAUCAAAAAAUAGCAACGGUAUCAGUUCAAUACCGUCAAUAAAAAAAAACAAAAAAACAAAAAAACAAUGCACUUAUAUAGGAGACAAGGAUUAAAUAUUGAAUGUAAUUUAUUUAAUGCCUAAAAAUGUGUAUGCGUGGUUGUCAUCGUGUGACAACGAGACUAGGAGAAAGAGAGAGGAGGGGAAAAGAUGGCGAGUUGCGCACCGAGUGACCUGGUCUCAAAGAAAAGAACACAAAUUCUGCAGUUUGCCAGUAUUUCGGGUUUCGACCGAACAAGAAGGGAGAGGUGGUAAAUAAGGACGAGGCUAUUUGCAAAUUGUGCCCUCACGAAAAAAGAUGACUCUGGGAAUAUGCUGCAAAAAAAAAGCCGAUGCAAUGGCAGGUCCUGUCGGCACCGGCAACGUAGAUGACCAAGUGGGAGCUGAAAUAACAGCCUACUGUUUAGAGACAGUUACUCAAGGAGACGAGGACCCACUUCAUUCAUGGAGAAAUGCUGACUGGUGUUUUCCCCAGAUGUCGCGAGUGGCACGAAAGUACCUGUGCGUCUGUGCCACAAGCACAUCAGCGAAGCAGGUUUUCAGCACCGCAGAGCCGAUGGAAGCGAACGAGGAGAGUGAAGAACUGAGUGAAGUGGAAGAGAAACAACAUAACAAAUCUGGAGAAAAGCCUUUAAGCCACUUGAACACUAAAAAUACAUUUUUGAAGAAAAGAAGAGCCAAGAAAUCUUUCACCUGCACUCAGUGUGGGAAGAGUUUCUCAGGCAAAAAAAUUCUUGAGCUUCACAUGAGAGUUCAUACUGGAGAGAAACCAUUUACAUGUCAUCAAUGUGGGAAGAGCUUCACACAAUCAGGAAACCUUAAGAUACACAUGAACAUCCACUCUGGAGAGAAACCAUUCACAUGUGAUCAAUGUGGGCAGACCUUCACACAAUCAAGAAACCUUAAGAUACACAUGAAAAUCCACACUGGAGAGAAACCAUUCACAUGUGAUCAAUGUGGGCAGACCUUCACACAAUCAAGAAACCUUAAGAUACACAUGAAAAUCCACACUGGAGAGAAACCAUUCACAUGUAAUCAGUGCGGGAAGAGUUUCAGAAAAUCAGGAAACCUUAAGAUACACAUGAACAUCCACUCUGGAGAGAAACCAUUCACAUGUGAUCAAUGUGGGCAGACCUUCACACAAUCAAGAAACCUUAAGAUACACAUGAACAUCCACACUGGAGAGAAACCAUUCACAUGUGUCCAAUGUGGUAAGAGCUUCAGCGAUAAAAGACUACUUAAAGUACACAUGAGGAUCCACACCGGAGAGAAGCCGUUCAUGUGUGAGCACUGUGAAAACACAUUCUCAAACAGAUCAAAUCUUCGGCUUCACAUGAGAGUUCAUACUGGAGAGAGACCAUUCACCUGUGAUCAGUGCGGGCAGAGCUUCACACAAUCAUCACACCUUAAGAUACACAUGAGGAUCCACACUGGAGAGAAACCAUUCACCUGUGAUCAGUGUGGGAAGAGAUUCACACAAUCAUCAAGCCUUAAGAGUCACAUGAGGACCCACACUGGAGAGAAGCCAUUCACAUGUGUCCAAUGUGGUAAGAGCUUCAGAGAUAAAGGACUGCUUAAAAAACACAUGAAGAUCCACACCGGAGAGAAGUCGUUCAUGUGUGAGCAGUGUGAAAAGACAUUCUCAAAAAGAUUAAUUCUUCAGCUUCACAUGAGAGUUCAUACUGGAGAGAAACGAUUCACCUGUGAUCUGUGCGGGCAGAGAUUCACACGAUCAUCACACCUUAAGAGACACAAGAGAAUCCACAGUGGAGAGAAACCAUUCACCUGUGAUCUGUGCGGGCAGAGCUUCACACGAUCAUCAAGCCUUAAGAGUCACAUGAGGAUCCACAGUGGAGAGAAACCAUUCACCUGUGAUCAGUGCGGGCAGAGCUUCACACGAUCAUCAAGCCUUAAGAGUCACAAGAGGAUCCACAGUGGAGAGAAACCAUUCACCUGUGAUCAGUGUGGGCAGAGCUUCACACAAUCAUCAAGCCUUAAGAAACACAUGAGGAUCCACAGUGGAGAGAAGCCAUUCACAUGUGAUCAGUGUGGUAAAAGCUUUAGAGAUAAAGUACUACUUAAAGAACACAUGAAGAUCCACACCGGAGAGAAGCCGUUCAUGUGUGAACAGUGUGAAAACACAUUCUCAAAAAGAUCAAGUCUUCAGCUUCACAUGAGAGUUCAUACUGGAGAGAAACCAUUCACCUGUGAAAAGUGCAGAAAGAGUUUCACACACAAAAUACAGCUUAGGGAGCACCUGAUGAUCCACACUGGAGUGAAACCAUACCCAUGCGAUAAAUGUGAGAAGAGCUUCACAAAUUCAUCAAACCUUAAGAGUCACAUGAAGAUCCACACCGGAGAGAAACCAUACCCAUGCGAUAAAUGUGGGAAGAGCUUCACAAAUUCGUCAAACCAUAAGAGUCACAUGAGGAUCCACACCGGAGAGAAGCCGUUCAUGUGUGAACAGUGUGAAAAGAGAUUCUCAAACCGAUAUAGGCUUAAGCAACACAUGAGAGUUCAUACUGGAGAGAAACCAUUCUAAUGUGAACAGUGUGGAAAGAGUUUCAUGGACUCUUCAAAACAUAAAAGACACAUGAAUAUCCACACUGGAGAGAAGCCGUUCACAUGUGAUCAGUGCGGGAAGAGCUUCAUAGAAAAAACAGACCUUGAGAAACACAUGAGGAUCCACUCUGGAGAGAAGCCUUACGCAUGUGAUCAGUGUGGGAAUAGUUUCUGUUUGGAAGGAACUGUGUU